AUGUCUAUAGCAGCGGCCUUUAAGGAUCACGAAAUCUUCGUAACCGGCGCCUCGGGUUUCGUUGGAAAGGCCCUCAUCGAAAAGCUGUUGCGAUCAUGCCCCACUCUGAAGAAAAUCUACGUUCUGAUGCGACCCAAGAAGGGGCACAGCAUCGAGGAGCGUCUACGGUUGCAGGGGGAGACAAAGCUGUAUGAGCGCCUGCGUAGGGAGCAGCCGGAGGCGUGGUCCAAGCUUGUGCCCAUAGCCGGGGACGUAGAACAGCUGGGUCUGGGCAUUUCUGCAGCCGAUCUGGAGAGGCUACGUAAUGUGACCAUUGUCUAUCACUCGGCGGCCAGUGUACGCUUCGAUGAUCCGCUGCGAUCCGCCAUCCUAAUGAACACACGCGGCACCCAUGAGCUCGUCAAACUGGCCCUGGCCUGGAAGAAACUGCGGGCCUUCGUCCACGUGUCCACCACGUACUCGAAUCCGCAUGUGCUGGAGGUGGAGGAGAGCAUAUAUCCGGCCUAUGCCGACUGGCGUACCACCAUCAAGCUGGCGGAGACCUACGACGAGGAGACCCUCGACAUAUUCAACCUCAAAUAUGGCAACUUCCAGCCCAAUUCGUACACCUUCACCAAGAGUCUGGCCGAGCACGUGGUCAACGAUUACAAGGAUCAGCUGCCCAUUUUCAUAUUCAGGCCAUCCAUCGUGGUGUCGACCAUUCAGGAGCCUGUGCCUGGGUGGGCGGACAACUUUAACGGUCCCACGGGACUGCUGGUGGCCUGUGGCGUGGGCAUCCUGCGCUCCCAGAACUGCGAUCCCAAUAUUGUUUCCGAUUUCGUGCCCGCCGAUGUGGUGGCCCGCGGCCUGAUCCUGGCCGCAUACAAGUUCCUGGUCGAGCCACAGGCAACGGCCAAGGAUAAGCCGCUCUAUGUGGUCAACUGUGCCACGGCCAAUAUCUCAAAAAUCACCAUGGGCGAGGUUAUCGAGAUUGGCAAGACCUACAUCCGUGAGAAUCCGUUUGAGAAGACCCUCUGGCUGCCCGGCGGGAGUAUGACCCUGUGUCCGGUCCUGCAUUUCAUACGAUUCUGCACCAUGCACCUUCUGAUGGCUGUUGUGGUGGACACUCUGCUGCGGCUGUACAACGAGAAGCCUUUCCUGAUGAAGCUGCAGCGACGAAUUUUUGCCGCGUUCAGUGCCCUGCAGGUGUUCGCUGCCACCGAAUGGCACUUCCAGAACCAAAACUUCCGGGAUCUGCACAGCCUGGUGCCCGCAAAUGAAAUUGACAGUUUUGGAUUUAUGCAGCAUGCAAACAUCGACUAUGUGGAGUUCUUUCAGCAUGCCAUUCGUGGCGCCAAGGAGUUCCUGCUGCACGAGAGUCCCAUAAGCAGCAGCAGUGCCCGGUUCCGCAUGAAGAUCUUCUAUGUGCUGGACUAUCUAUGCCGGGCCAUUGUUUAUAGCUUCUUGUUGCGCCUAAUCUACAAAUUUGUCGUGAGUCUGUGGUAACGCAACUCUCACGACUAGUUGUUUUUUUUUGUACUUUCUUCCCCCAAAAAUAGAUGCUUAGCACCCCCCAUAACCGUACUAAACUUAAUAUUAAAGAAAAUACAUACAUUUGUUUGGUAAUGGUAAA